GCGGAGGCCCGGCCCGGCCCGGCUCGGCUCGGCUCGGCGCGCCGCAGGGGCAAGGUGCGGCGGCUGAAGGGGGCGGUGGUUCAGCGGCUUUGUUGGCUUGGAGCGUGGCGGCGGGAAGAGCGGCGCCUCGGUGAGAGCCCACCAUGGUGCAGCAAGCGGAGAGUACGGAGGCGGAGAGCAACCUGCCCCGGGAAGCAAUGGAUACAGAAGAGGGAGAGUUCAUGGCUUGCAGCCCCGUCGCUUUGGACGAGAGCGAUCCGGACUGGUGCAAAACGGCGUCGGGGCACAUAAAAAGACCGAUGAACGCGUUCAUGGUGUGGUCUAAGAUCGAGAGGAGAAAAAUCAUGGAGCAGUCCCCGGACAUGCACAACGCGGAGAUCUCCAAGCGUCUGGGCAAGCGGUGGAAAAUGCUGAAGGACAGCGAGAAGAUCCCCUUCAUCCGGGAGGCGGAGAGGCUGCGCCUCAAGCACAUGGCCGAUUACCCCGACUACAAAUACCGGCCCAGGAAAAAGCCCAAAAUGGACCCGGCGGCCAAGCCCAAUGCCAGCCAAAGUCCGGAGAAAAACGCACCCACCAGCAGCGGCGGCAGCAAAAGCGCCAAAAGCUCCAGCAAGAAGUGUAGCAAGCUGAAAGCCUCCUCCGCCUCCUCGCCCCCCAAGCCGGGAGCCAAAGCCUCCCACCACGGGGACUACUCGGGGGACGAAUACGUCUUCGGCACCCUCAAAGUGAGCAGCAAGACGGUCAAGUGUGUCUUCAUGGACGAGGAGGAGGACGAGGAGGAGGACGAAGACGAGCUGCAGCUGCGAAUCAAGCAGGAGGCGGAGGACGAGGAGGAGGACGAGGAGCCGGGACCGCAGCAGCUGCGGCGGUACAACGUGGCCAAAGUGCCAGCGAGUCCCACCUUGAGCUCCUCGGCGGAGUCCACCGAGGGGGCCAGUCUCUACGAGGAGGUGCGGAGCGGCGCCGCGGCUGCGGGCGGCGGCAGCAGACUCUACUACAGUUUCAAGAACAUCACUAAGCAGGGCCCGCAGCCGCCGCAGCAGCCGCCCGGUCUCUCCCCGGCCUCCUCCCGGUCUAUCUCCACCUCGUCGGCCGGCAGCGAGGAGACGGACGACCUGCUCUUCGACCUCAGCCUCAACUUCUCUCAGCACGGCCACGCCGCCGCCGAGCUGGGAGCGGGUGCCGCCGCCGGGAACCUCUCCCUCUCGCUGGUGGACAAGGACCUGGACUCCUUCAGCGAGGGUAGCCUCGGCUCCCACUUCGAGUUCCCCGACUACUGCACCCCAGAGUUGAGCGAGAUGAUCGCGGGCGACUGGCUGGAGGCGAACUUCUCCGACCUGGUGUUCACGUACUGAGCGGCGGCGAGGAGCGGAGGAGCCGGAGCUGCGCGACGCCGGCGAUGAUGAUACGAUGAUGAUGAUGAUGAUAAUUAAAAAAAAAAAGUCUUGUUUUCUUUAAAAAAAAAAAAUCUUGAAGUUAGUUCCGAGCCCGGGAGUUGUGAUUUUAUUUUUUUUUUUACUUUUUUUUUUUUUACUUUUUUUUAUUGCAUUUGGUGAUCACAACAACAACAGCAAAGGCAAAUGGGACUGGGGGAAAAAAUGAUACAGAAGGCGCUGUUUGAAGCUUGUCGGUCUCUGAUUGAAGUCUGGAAGAUGGUCUGCAAAGAAGUCUUGUGGCAGCACAACUGUUACUCAAGGGGGUUUGUGGAUUUUUUUAUUUUUUUCCCGUGAGAGAUCUUGAAGAACUGUUCUAUUUUUUUUUAUUAUUAUUUUUCCGAAAGGGACCAUUGCAACUUUUUUUGGAGGGAGAAAACUGAUGUCUUCUAUGCAUCCGAUUCUUAACAAAGCUGCAGGGAGCUUGAAAAAAUGCAGACUGUACAAACGCUUACAAAUAACUGAACUGACUUAAGAUCAGAGUUUACUUUUCAGAUCAAAUUGUUUAUGGUUUUACAAAUGUGAUUUCUACUUGCCAACUUUUUUUUUUUGUAACUUGUUCCCUUAUACCUCCUUGAUUGAAUACCAGACAGCCUAGACCUCAGUACAAAAAGGUAUUGAAACAUUUUUGAUACAUAACAGACCUCAGUCUUUUUUAAAAAUUAAUAUAUUUUCAGGCGUAUUUUUGUACAGUGAAAAGGGAACAUUCUUGCUGUGUUUUUUCAGUAAGACUUUUCAGGCACUUCUUCCCUUUUAUUUUCUUUUUUUUGUUUUCUCUGUUUUUAGCAUGCAAGUUUGUUGGUACGUUACGUCCUGGUUUUAAAAGGAUUAAAAUUAAAAAAAAAAAAUAAUCCUUGCAUCUAAAGGCCUUGUGGUUUUAAAAAGAAAAAAAGAAACAAACACUUUUUUUGUACAGCUAUAGUUCAGAUUUGUUCAAUAUUUGUAGGUAAAGAUUUAUUGAAAAUGGUGAUAUAGACCUCAGAGCUGUUAUCUUAGUUUAAAAGAUUGUAUAUGUACUGUACUAUAGUAGGACUUUAUGUAUCUCAUACGCUGUGAUAUGUGGAUGGGGCCCCAGAUGGAAGGUAUGAAACUGGAUUCUCGAUUUUAGCAAAAAAAAAAAAAAAGAAAGAAAAAAGGCACAUAGUUAAAAGUUUCUCAUGUUGUGCAAUAUAAUCUAAAGUACAGACCAUCUGCAUAUUUUGUAGCAAAUGAUGGCAAAAGCAGACUUGUGCACUGUCAACAUCAUAGCCUGUUUUUUUUUUUUUUUUUUUAAUGCUGAAAGUCUGUAUCUUGACAAUUUUAAUAAAUCAGCUGGAACUGAUAGAAACUCGUAUCGCUAUUAGUGUCUGUAGAAGGAACGCUGGAGAUGCCGUGUUGUCACCCCUCGCCUGCGGAGGAGCGGUAGCUGUAGGCUGUUGUGCAUGACCGUAGCUAGGGGGGAAGGAGAGUAAGGGCUGCUUCUUUUCUUUGCCUUUUUUUCUUUUUUUUUUUUCCCGCCUCCCUUCGCCUUUCCCUCCCACUCCGGCUUUGCUCCGCGGGGCCCGGUGGGUGCCGGCCCGCAACGGUGUGGUCUCCAUCAGGCGGGGCCGGGGCUGGCUUGCUGGGGGCCUGGCCGAGCGGUGGCAGGUUGGCUCGUCCUGGGUGUUUUCUGCUUUCCCUCCUUCCCACCCCCCCAGUCCGGUGAACGAGCCCGGCUCCCCGAGGGCCGCCCCGCCGGUCCCCCGUGUCCGGUUUCCGGGGAGGUGGGCGCGGCGGGGUGGGGGAUGCGGCUCCCCCCUUUCUACCCGACCUGGUCCUCUCCCAGCUGCGUUUUGUCCUCCCUCUCUCCCUUUUUUGAUGAAUAGCCUGGGCGAGACCCGAGGCGGAGAUGCUCGGCGCAGUGGGGCUGCAUCUCUUCCGCCCCCCUGCAGCGCUCGGCGCGGCGGGGCGGCCCCGGCCCCUCUUCGAUGAGCCGCCCUGGGGCAGGAGGGGUGUACGAGCUUCUGCUGUAGGUGAGCAGACUUUUUCAGUGUGCUUUUUUUUUUCUUUUCUAUUUUUUUUUUUUAAGCCGUAGGAGCCGUCAGAUCUCAGUUGUGCUCUCUGAAAUAACUGCUGAUGGCAAUAAACAGACUCACAAGGUGCAAGUUUGUUUCUCAAGAGUUUACUUUUUAUCUGAUAGGCAUUGCUAAAUUAUUGUUUGGUUUUAUUUUUUUGUUUGUUUUGUUCCUUUUUUUUUUUUAUCUCCACUAAUUAAUGAUCCAGCUGUUUACAGGGACAAUUCACUGUGCUGGUAUUUUGGUGGCAACCACUGCUACAGGCUUUCAGACUUGCUGAAAUGAAAAUCCUGCAUACACAUUUGUAAGGCAUAAUAAAACAUAACAUUAAAACCUGCAUGCAUGUUAUGUUUAAUCAAAGACAACUCUUAGGCAUUUAAGUGGUGAGAUAUCUUACUUUAGGUUAGUUAAACUGGUAGUAAAAUGAUUAAUAUAAUCUGAUCUCUUUCUAAUAAUAAUAAUAAUAAUAAUAAUAAACCACUCAUGAUUCUAAAUAAAAGUUGUUUGGCCUAAAUCUUUGCUAUCAGAAAAGAGAUAUAGCAUAUCUGGGAACUCAAAUUUAUGUCUUGCAUUGUGAUAAUUCUUUAUGAGAAACUGUGUUUUAAAACAAACUUAAUUACAAUAUACAAGAUAUCCUUGCCAAUGGAUAGUCCUCAAUAAAACAGAGUUUCUUGAAUUUUCAGUUUUUGGUCUCAAAUGAUUAGUGUGUUCUCCAUGUAAUAACUUAGAAAUCAGAUUGAAAACAAAUGACAUUUAUCUCUUCUAAGGCAAAAGAGUGAAAGAAAAUAGAUACACUGAAGUGCUCUAGCCUAGCCAUUCACUAUCCUGCUAUUGAAAAUUCGGUUUUGGGCUAGGGUGAUGGAGUAAGUUGAUCAGGUUCUAAGUCUUAAAACUGAGCCAAAAUUCUCUUAGUAAUUCUUGAAGCUAUCAUGAGAGUAGAGGGACUUGUACUUCCAUUCCCUUUCUUCUGAUAUGCAUCCUUGUUUAGUAAAGUGAUAAUAGGCAGUGUCAUUAAACAUUUGUGCUUUACAGAUGUUCAAUGAGUUAUGAGCAAUUAUGGUCAAAUAUAGGCUGCAUUUAGUUUGCAUUGUAAUAAGGUCUGUGUCCCAGCCUACGGAAGUUUUGACUUGUAUAUGGUUUUGGGAGCUGUUUUUAAAAUUACCAUUUAAAAUAUUAGUCAAGGAUAAGUGAUGUAAAGGAUCCAAGUAUAGAGCAGUCAGGCAGAUUUUAAAAGAGCAACAGGUUUACUUUAAUCAAUUAAUAUAAUACCCUCAGAAGUAUAUCUUUUCUUCUUCUAGAGGGGAAUUAUACAAUACUGUUUCAGAAGAAUUAUUCUGAGUGAAGGUAUAUGGUACAGGGAAACAAUUUUUUGUCCAGACAGUUGAGUUUCUUUUAUUUCAGAGUUUAUUGUUGCAUAUUGCUCAAGGAAAAAUUAGGUAGUGUUCUGUUUAAGCCACUACAUUGUUAGGGCUGAAGUUUGAUGCUGUUGAAUGCCUAAGCUCCUGCUGAUCUCAGCGAGACUAAAAAACCAAUCUUCUUAUCAUGAAAAAUAACAUCUGCUUAGCUAGUUUUGUUUUUUUUGUUUGUUUCUUUUGUCAUAUCUGCUAAUAUUCAUGCCUUCUGUUUCUCUUUUAUUUUCCUGUGUUCACAGGAAUCCUUGUUGACAUGCUAGAACAGUCCUGUUGCAGGCUUAGUAUCUCCUGUGGCCUUUUAUUCCACAUUCUUAACAUUUGCCUCUGUACAAUACUACUCUUAAGUGUAAUAGGAUUCAGUGAUGGAAGGGGAAAAAUUAGCUUUUUUUAAUGUGGAAAGACAAUUUACUUGCUAACACUGAGGAUGUCAACUCAAUGUAAGAUCUAACCAAACAUUCUGAUUCUUUUUCAGUUUUGAAGUGAAUAUUUUUGUAAACUUACCAUUUUUACCCUUCUGUUGUUUUUAUUAUGGUUUUCCUCUCCGCCUUUUAAAAGUACCACAACUAAGAAAUAUUUUCUUCCUUUAAGUGCAGUCUUUUUCAAAUGUGGUAGAAAGACUCAUUCCAAGCAUCCUUUGAGUGCUACAUGCUCUUUAGGCAUUCGUUGUCAUUCAGAUGAAACUUCUUCGAGUCUACUGAAUGUGAUUUGCAUGCAUGCAGUCUGGUCCUUCACACAUGCCUGUUUGAGGAAAAUGCAACUCUGUUGUUACACCGAGGUAAAACUAGUGUGGGGUCAGAGUCAGGUCCAUAGAAUUUUUAGGUGUUUGAUACUCAAUACAGCUCAAGAAGUUCCUUUUUACAUCUUCACAAUUGUUGCCUAGUAAGGCCUUAAACCUGCACUGGUUAAAAAACAAAAAAAAUUCUCAUUGAGUUUAAUGGGAGUUUUUUGCUGCAAGGGCUGCUGGCAGGGUAGGUGUCUUAGUUCAUCCUAACCUUCAUUUGUAAGCAUGGCCAGGAAAAAAAAACAAACAACAAAAACUUAACACAAUGAGUUGCCUUACAUUUCCCCUACUAUACUGUUGUAGUCCUUUGGUUUAUUUCCUUUCCUCUCACCCGCAUCCAAGGCUGUGAUUGUUUUCGUUUUCCUUAAUUUUUUUGCACACUACCUAUACCAAUUAACUGCCUAAUUAGUUUUAUCUUCUCUACAUGGAUGCAGUGAAUUUGUAAGAGAAUUUCACAAGCAAGUAGUUUUUUAGUGAGUUUAAAGUAAAUAGAGUUUUAAAGACCUAUUUUUAUAUUCAAUAUAAAGCACAAAUGUGCAGAAAGUGUAGAAUGACUUACAAAAAAGGGAAACAAAAGUUCGUAAUAUUUCAUGUAUAAAAGUAAUACCUUCUUUGGGUUGAGAUUCUCUUAGAAAACCCAAUACUUAUGCCAGUGCAAAGAUAGGAUUAUUUUAAAAACUUAGAAAAUUGUGAUUGACAGCAAUUUCAAAGGAAUGACUUCUGUAGAUACAAGGAAACCCCUAAAGCAAUAUGGAUAAGAAGGGGUGAAUGGUUUUCAAUGAUGAACAACCUGGAAGUGUGAGAAUGGAGGUUUCAAUCCUUAUUAAUUAAUCAAAUUUCUUCUUUUGUGGUUAGUUACAACAUCUGGAUUUUCUGUGAAGUGCAAUCUUGAGGGAUGAAAAAGUGCAAGGCCGCCAAACUUCUAAGCCUUGCAAAUACUCAGAAACAGGUUUGGUUUAGAAUUAUCUGUUGUUAAUUAGGGCUUUAGAUUUUGGUAAUUCCCACUUCCAAGAAAAUCAAGACACCAAUUUACCGCUUGAAGAAAUUUGAUUAAGUAAUAAUGAUUAAUCCAGGAACUCCCAUUGUCACAAUUUGUUUUUGUUUCCAUCGUCCUGCUUAUCUCCAAAACCAACUUGCCUCAACUCCUGGUGAAGCCAGGGAGAAGAGUUAUAUGCCAUUGUUAGUUAGUUUACGAUUUGUAUCUGGUUUUGCUCUUGUACAUACGUUGGCGUUUUGGAGUCUUUACAUAAAUGCUGUGAUACUUUUUUUCCUCUUUCCUUUAAUUUUUUUGCUGGGCUGUUUUAAAAUGGAGGCCUGUUUUCCAGUGUGGGACUUUUUCGAUGGUUACAACAUUUCAAUGAUGUUGCAUGAUGGCCACAGGUGAGGGAAAUUGAAUGUUUUAGAGCAGUUUUUCAAGCAUGACACUUUUAAAAUAUGUAAUUUCAAAGACUUUUCAAGGCCACAUGAAAUUAGUUUUCAUAGCCACUCCAGGUCUUGGGGGGAAAAGCUGAAAAGUACUUUUGUUUAGAAGUCUGAGUGAUGGUGGGGGGGAAACCUUUUCUUGAGGUUUUUGCAUGCCAGUGCACGGCCUAUUGCUGUGAGAGAAGGAAGAUGGUAAGGCUACUUGAGGCAAUGCACUGGAGGACAAAGUGUUUUCUAGCACUAGAAAAAGAAAAUGCAUGGCAAAGUUUCGUCUUCUAGUAGACUAUAUAGCAUGCAGAGUUUAGUAUGUGUCAAAACAGUGUAUGACAUUGCUGUAUCAAAGUUGUAAAAUUAAGCAUUAUUUAUUGAAAACUAUGUAUUUUUUUUGUAAAAACCUGAUCACCUAGAGGAUUAAUAUCAGUGACUUGUGCUAGUGCUACAAACUUAACCAGCUUCUUUACUACAGUACUUGAUAUGCAGUGUUAAUGCUCAGGGUUGAAACCAGUCCACUCCAAUGUCUUUUUUUGCAAGAGUUUUUAAAUAAAGGAACAACAUAAUGCAAUUGUUCAAAAGACUCUAAUAAAAUUGUGUGAUCAAUCUUC